UUGGCACUUGUCAGGUUACUCACAACCCGGAGCUGGCCGUUGAGUAACGAAUUUGAAAUUUCUCCCAAAUUAUAUCGCGGCAAGCCAAUUGGUGAAUUGUCUCGGGGUCGACAUUCGGAGAAUUCAAGCUAACUACCGUAAGCGUUAGCAGUGACACCCAACCAACGUCGGUGAAGGUACAUGGAGUGAAGCAGGGCUUGAAACUGGGGAGAAGUCGGACAAGCUUGCCGAACAAUAACGUUUGCCACAUGACGCUGAGGACGUCAAAACGGUGUAUUGAAACUGCUCUCUUGUUUACUUCCGUAUUUGACGAACCGAAUAGCAAGUGCUGUGGAACCAAUGUACGAAGAUAAUAAUCGUGAUGAAUCCUGGAUUUUGUCGACUAUCAAGCCAUAUUUGGGUGUAGCAUAAUUUUACAGAGCCGCAUCAUCGUUUUGUUGUUAGUAAAUUCGAUUUUUCCGUUUGGCUUACAGAAGUGCCCAAGCAAUUUCAGACAAAAGAAGCUGGGAUUUUUUCCCCCUGUUUGAUUGGGCUGCAAAAAGUUCUUCGAGGAACUAUGACAGCUGUAAUAGGAAGAGCGUGGGGGUGGGUGCGCUCAUGGGGUGGGAAUGCAGCGUCAGAAAAAACAAUCUUGGAUAAAGUUGAGAUCAAAACGCAGACUGGGUCUAGUGAGCCGAGAGGGUUUGAUCGACAAAAUAGUCCAGGAGAGGAUGAGUUCUGGGAAGCCCACGAGAAGCUGCAACCUAUGGAAAUUGAAGACCUAUGUGCAGGGAAACAAGAGAUGGAGAUGACUGUUGAACGUGUUCCAAGAUGGUGGAAUAAAUAUCUUCCAACAUAUUUUAUUCCCUGGGGAAGGAAAACAAAGCCGAGUGAGCUCAAGCAAAAAAAACGCCACAUCAAGAGUGGUGAUCGGGAUAUUGACGGGGACUUUUCAGACUAUGGAACACCUCCUCCGUCCCCAACUCCACAUUCCCAGCUAGCAUCCCCCUUCCGUCUUUUUGUACACAGCUGGAACGUGGAAUUGUUUCCUGAGCACUAUGAGAUCUGCUUCAACUUUCUCCGCCAUCUAUUUGACCUGUUCGUGGUGGGGUUCCUGUGGAUUGUGUCGCCUCCAGUCAAGUUUAUCUUGGAAAUUUUGGGGAUCCAGGGACCACUGAGGCUUUGGCUCCAUGGCAUGGCCAUGUUUUUUGUGUCUACAGUUGGAAUGGCCGGACUCCUGUGGCUGAUUCAGGAGCAUCUCCCGGAGUUUGCUUUAAUCUACGGUGUUGUGCAAGCGUUAGUGAUCUCUGUCAGCCUGAAAAAGAGCGUGCUCCUUGGAUUGGAAGAAGAAAACCCACAAGUGGAGGAGGAGAGCAGGGAAACUCAGGUGACUGAUGAAGACCAAGAAAGGCUUUUUGCAAGUGACAAAAUGAAAACAAGUGAAGCUUCUUGGUGAUGACAUGGAGCUGAUAGCAGACAUCGUGAUGAGGUGUUGGACAUCACGGCUGCAACAACAGCCAAUUUUCUUGCACCACUUUCUGAAGCCGUCAGGCUUUACAACUGUAUUGCACAUUUCUUACAGACUUGCACAUGUCUUAUUCAAGUCACUUUCAACACUGUUCUAAAACUCGGUGUCGUCAUCUGAAUGUUGACACUGAAAGAUGAACCAGAUACCACUCAAGGGAACUGUUGAAUGUUCUCGAUGUGCUCCUUCAGCCAAAGAAAGCCAAAGUUUGUCUUUUUGCAGUUGUUUUGUUUGUGUAUACUUUUUCAUGGAGUUCAAUGACCAUGUGUGUGUGUGUAAUUUGGUGGAAUUAAGAGCCACAUAGUUCAAAUGUACAAAGGACACCAAAGUAAGAGCCACUAUAUUAAGGCAAAUCCCAACAAUUUAUGGUGGAAAGCGGCAGAGACGCUUUUUUUGUUGUUGUUGUUGUUCUGAGUCAUGACCUGCAAACUCAACAAGGAAAUCAAAUCUCGGCUUAACAUCGUAUCAUAUCAGACAACAGAUCACAUGGAGCAGCUUUUGUUUUCCUUUCAAAGCCUCAAGUGGAACCUCAAAAGUCGAAUAUUUGUACAGUUCAGUCACACUUGUUGACUUCCAGGUUGUCAUUUCAAAGCAAAAUUUCUAUCUUCAUCUAAUGCUUCAAUUGUUUUUUUUUUCACUGUUCGCCACGGGCAAAUUUACUUCAGUGCUGUCACCGUGGUGUUUUGUUGACAUUGCUGGAGUUAAAUAUUUUUUCAAAAAUGAUGCAAAAAGCAAACCACAAAAAAAAGCAGGCUUCAAAUUAUCCCACCUUUGCUGCGGUCAACUUUAGAGGUUCCGCUGUAGUCCCCCACCCCCAUAGGCACCUGCAUUCUGGCACUAAUCUGUUGUUAAAUAUGUUAUAACGUUGACUAUAUCAUCACUUGGCAGAUUUGUCACCACCUUUACAGUGUGUUUGAUGUCUGUAACUAUGGUUACAGAUCUCCACUUCAUGUCUGUUUCUCGAUUGUUUGUUCAUUCACACCUUAUCAAACAAGAGUGAAGUAGCUGUGAAAAGAGGGUUUUGAUAUGAAUAAAUUAGAGUCUAGUUUGA